AUGGCUUGGAAGCAACCCACCGCCGCAUCGGCGGCUGCGCCUACCUACAUGCCACUCCUGGCCUCAAAAAUCUGCUUCGCCGUCGAUGCGUCAGGCUCGACCGCUGGUGCUGUGAUGCGCAAGGAGGGAGAAUUUGUCACGGGAAUGACGGACGGCUACCAAUACCCAGCGUCCGUCGUUAUGUGGGGCAGUUCAGUCACUGAACCCGUCUCGGUAGGGGAGACAACCUGGAACCAUCGCAGCUGGGGAACGAGUCCCGAGGUCUUAUUUUCCCUCCCUGUCGUGACCAGCGAACUGAAAAGCUGUGAUAUGUGGUACUUGCUCACCGACGGCGAGGUUGGAAGUCCUGUUCAGUUCGCUCGAAGAACACUUGACGUUGGGAUGGCCAACACCCCCGUUGUCUUCGUCAUCGUCAACCGCGCUGGUCUUCGCCCUGCUGACAUCGAUAUAUCUGUUGGAGUGUCAGUAUUUGCGUCUGCUUCCGAUGCCGCUAUCAUCUUCAAAAACCAGGCAAUGGGCGAGAUGUACGUCUUGUCGGCCAAAGGCGCGUUCGAGUCACUUGUGGAUGGGUUUACGAUCGACCUCGAGGACUGGAAGAGCCUUCCUUUAUACCCCAAUGAAGACGCGUUCAAAACAGCCCUGAAGGAUGUCAACAUCAUCGGAGUCCAGCAUCGUGUUCAGGGAGGCGCUGUUGAUUUGGGUCGGACGUGGCAGGCGAAGCACAACUGUCUCGUGGACAUCGAUCUUCUUUUGGCGGAAAUGGGCCCAACGAGCAUUUCCCAAGACGAGUUCAUCGACUUGCUCGAAGAAGAUACUUUCGAUGCCCUUGCGCUUCUCUGCAAAACUCGCGAUCUGUUGCCUCAGCUUCGAGCUUGGCUUAUUGCACGCAAAGAACGAGCAUCUGUCAUCGAGAUUCGUGAUAUCUCUGGCGCUUCUGCCCUCUUGCAACAAAUACGACAGGAUCCCGGUUCUGCAGACUCUACCUCUCUUCGUCAGCAACUACGAACUGCCCACCAAAACAACCUUGCUGACUACCGAACAAGAAUUGCGGAGAAUGCCCCCUCUCCCCUACUUCCCCGUGUUAACCGGUGUUUGGCUGUGGUAACGGCUCUCGAAAAAUCUGGUUAUGGGGCGGACAUUCUUGAUCGUCGAUCAAAUCGCGCCAUGCGUGCUGCUGUUGUCAGCAGUGCUGAUGUCGAGUCGCAGUUGUCUACGCUCAACCUUGACGCAGACGUUGAAGCCUUCCGAGGAACCUGCUCUAUCUGUUGCGACGACGAUGUCAUUAUGUCGUUCGCCCUCAAAUCCUCGGACAGGCCGGCCGACAACACAAGCGACUUUGCGCUCAACUUCCCGCUUGCUGCUGGUGCCUCCGCUCCCAACGCAAAUGUCAUCAGUGCACAAAAUGUCUGCUUCCAAUGCGCGUUGGCGAUGUAUCAGUUCGACCCCGAUCGAGCGACGAUGUACAACGAAGCCAUUGCCGCCGUCAUUCCGCUGACCAAGUUUGACGGUGUCAACCGCAAGUACAUAACGAACUGUCUGGCAACAGUCCUCACUGGUGGUCUGGCGACGGGAGCGUCGGGCUUGACGCAGGUGUUAAUGAGUGUGCUUUUGGAGACGAUGCGUCAGAAAGAGUGGGCGAAGAAGCAAAAUGAGCAAAAUGACAGUGAAAUAGCUAUGCGACGGGCUGGGAUGAUGUGGAUGCUGCGAAACCUAAUCCAAAACUCGUCUUGUCGGGAGACUUUCGACGAGACGGGUCCUUGGGUGCCCUUCCAUCAGGCGUUGCGGUGGACGCUGAAGAAUUUUGCGGAAGAGGGAAUAUUGAGCUGGACCGUCCGCUAUCCCGUCCCUGGGUUCCUGAUUCUGCUGGAGCUGCUCCAAUUAGUGGAUGGCGUUCAAAUACCCGACAAUAUUCGUGUCGCAAAACUUAUGCACGAGAUGGUCACGGUUUAUAUGGCUCGGAUGUCGGGGUUCGGCGACAAGCUCGCCGUCCAGCGUGCCCUGCUCAAAAUUGUCUUUGCCGAGUUUAAUGCGGAAGGUGUUCCGCGAAACUUGCGUGACAACUCGCUCGCCAUCAACCCUCCUGAUGUCGCGAUCCAUAGACUUCGGGGUUGGCUGAGUACGCCUGGCUCGACCCGGUUGAUUGAGCAAAUCGGGGACUUUUCGAGGUACGCGUCCGCCCUCCAAUACAUCGUUUUCCGACUGUCCACUGAGGACUCGCAUCAAACUCCCAAGGGCUAUUUCCAACGAGCGGCCGAAGCAGAUGUCCAUAUGCAUACGGCUACCACCAAGCCCGAAGACCUAGCUGCAAGUGUUGUCGAGCCAUUGUUAACCGCAAUGUGGGCUGGUGUUCCGAACGACUUGGAUCACUGUUUCGUUACCGCUGACACCAUCACGCCCUUUGUCUCGCCAUAUAGUGCUUCAGUUCUGCAUUGUGGUGUCAAGGGAUGUCCUGUGCGGUUCGAUACCGAAGGCACUGACCCUGAAGUCAUUCGCAAGGCCCGCGCAGCCCACUUUGUCCAGGUUUACGCUAUCAAAGGUGUCACCCCCAAUCCUAACGGUCUCCCCGAGAAUACCGGUCGGUUAGCGGCACCCACGACAGUUCAUGUUACCUUCCAUGCGAGUAUCUCCAAGUCCUGGCGGGCAUUAGACGUUGACUCCAAGCACGCCAUUCUUGCCGAAGUUGCGGGCGGGUUUGACGCGAGCAAGCCUCAGAUCACCGCGUUCGUCCGCAAGGUGCUGGACCACAUUUGCCUGGAGAGCGGUCGCGGCGACAUAUACUCCAAGACGCUGGGAGAUAAGGUCGUCUGGGCUCUCCCCAGCUUCUUUGCUGCGCUUCACACGGCGGCAGAGAUGAAAGGGCUUACGGACGAUGCAGAGUUGGAUCUUGUGGAAAACUCGCUGGAGGCGAGGAUCAAGUGGGAGCUCGAGAUGUUGGCGCGCCACAAAUGA